GAUAUAAGACCUUGCUGAAAUGCCUCUCUGGAAAAUUUUGCCGCCGUGAACUGAUAGGCAUUAUGGGGCCUUCUGGAGCUGGGAAAUCCACCCUGAUGAACCUCCUGGCUGGUUACCGGGAAACGGGCAUGAAAGGCCAGAUUCUUGUGAAUGGACAGCCGAGGGAGCUGCGCACUUUCCGGAAGAUGUCGUGUUACAUCAUGCAGGACGACAUGCUGAUGCCCCACCUCACUGUGCGGGAGGCCAUGAUGGUUUCAGCCAACCUGAAACUGAACGAGAAGCAAGAAGUGAAGAAAGAGCUGGUGCACGAGAUCUUGACUGCCUUGGGGCUCCUGGAGUGCGCCUACACACGCACCUCCUCUCUCUCGGGAGGGCAACGCAAACGACUUGCCAUCGCUCUUGAGUUGGUCAACAAUCCUCCAGUCAUGUUUUUUGACGAGCCCACUAGCGGACUGGAUAGCACAUCCUGCUUCCAGGUGGUUUCCCUUCUGAAAUCCUUGGCCCAUGGGGGUCGCACCAUUAUCUGCACGAUCCACCAGCCCAGUGCUAAGCUCUUUGAAAAGUUUGACAAGCUCUAUAUCCUCAGCCAAGGACAAUGUAUCUUCAAGGGAGCCGUGUCCAACCUCAUCCCGUACCUCAAAGGGCUUGGCUUGCAUUGCCCCACCUACCACAACCCAGCUGAUUUCAUCAUUGAAGUGGCCUCGGGGGAAUAUGGCGAUCUCAACCCACUCCUGUUCCAAGCCGUCCAGAACGGCCUGUGUGCCAUGGAGGAGAAGAAGAGCAGUCCAGAGAAGAUGGAUUCUCUGAUGCCAGGACCUUGUGUGGCGCCGCAGGAUUUGGAUCACAUCGAGAGUCACACCUUUGCUACUAGUACUCUGACGCAAUUUUGCAUCCUUUUCAAGAGGAGCUUUAUUUCCAUCCUAAGAGACACGAUGCUCACCCACCUGAGGUUCAUGUCGCACAUCUGCACCGGGGUGUUGAUCGGCUUGCUCUACUUACACAUCGGCAACGACGCCACCAAGGUCUUCAACAACACUGGCUUCCUGUUCUUCUCCAUGCUUUUCCUCAUGUUCUCCGCUUUGAUGCCGACAAUUCUGACUUUCCCUCUGGAGAUGUCUGUCUUUCUGCGAGAACAUCUCAACUACUGGUACAGCCUAAAAGCCUACUUUCUUGCCAAAACCAUGGCUGACGUUCCUUUUCAGAUCAUCUGCCCUAUCACCUACUGCAGUAUUGUCUACUGGAUGACGGGGCAGCCCCCCGAAGCGAUCCGUUUCCUGCUCUUCUCGGCCCUGGCCACCUGCACGGCCUUGGUGGCCCAGUCGGUGGGCCUCUUCAUAGGAGCAGCGUCCAGCUCCCCCCAGGUGGCUACUUUUGUGGGUCCCAUUUCGUCCAUUCCAGUCCUCCUCCUUUCUGGCUUCUUUGUCAGCUUCAAGACCAUCCCUACCUACCUUCGGUGGAGCACCUAUGUCUCCUAUGUCAGAUAUGGCUUUGAAGGCAUCAUCCUCACCAUCUACUCCCUGGAUCGUGAAAAUCUGGAGUGCAAAGAGAGUGAUUGCCCGUUCAAGGAUCCCGACAAGAUCCUGAAGGAGUUGGAUGUGGAAGAAGCCAAGCUGUACCUCGAUUUUGCAAUCUUAGGGGUUUUCUUUGUCAUUAUCCGCCUUCUGGCUUACCUCACCCUCAAGUACAAGGUGAAGGCGGAAAGAUAAGAGGGGACUUGGACCCAGUUCCUGAUAUUGUGGGAC